AAACCUGAAAAUAGACGUAAAAGCCCCUAAACUUUCUUUUCACAUUUGGCGUGUAGGAUACUCAAAACACAGAUCCCAAGAACUCACGGUUUUUAGCGCACCGCUAUUAGAGAGAGAGGGGGGAGAGAGAGAGGUGUAUGUUCGUUAAUAAGAACUACAAAUAUUAGAAUUUUUCUUUUUCCACACGACAAAACUCAAGCAACUGAAUCAUUUAUAAAUACACUUGGAGGACACAGAGAAAAAAAAACUUCCGGUGAACGAAACCGUUACGAAACCGGGCACCGGAAAUACGUUUCCACAGCUUUGGAAAAUUAUUCUUUUAAUUAUUAUUUAUAUACGUGUAAAUUUUUAAUUUAUUGCUAUAUUUAUCUGUUUAUGAUUAAUUUAGAAAGAUUUAGUUAACAGGAUUUCCUCGUCAAAUUAAAAAGAAAAUAUACAUUUAAGUUAUUACAAAAAACUAUUUAGAAUAUUGAGUGUCAAAGUAUUGAUGGAGACGAGAUACAUUCCUUCCCUUUAUGUUCCUUGAACUUUUGAAACAAAGAUAAAUAGCUUAAUGCAAAUAGUUACUGUUUCUACAAAAUAUUUUAAUCUGCUUUCUUUAUACAUAUUUUUCAUUCACACCUACUCACAAGCCAAAUUUCUUCACAUAUAAUUCACAGAACGAAGAAAACAGUGUUUACUAAGUGAUUUGUCAAUAUGUCUGAAAGCAUCUUAUCACCCAAAGCUUCCAGCCAGUAUAUAGCAGAAACAAGUAAAGAUGUAACAAUAUGCUCUGAAGGUGUAGCAAAAGUUGCUAAUUUGAUAUAUGAAUCUGUGAAGAAUAAAAGUUUUGAUAUAAAAAAUUGGAAGAAGCAUGCACUUAACCCAAAGACAAUGGAUGUCAGUGCUGUCGACUGGAUUUUUGUACUUGACACAAUGAAUUUUUCAUUUUGGAGUGAAGAUCCUGGCAAUAAAUAUACAGUAACUUACAAGGAUAAAGCUUACACAGGUUACUGGUCAUUAUGUGCUGCAGUCAAUCGAGCUUUAGAUAAUGGCAUCCCUAUCACUACACCUGCAUAUUGUGCAAGUAUUUCUGGAGAACAACUCACUGAUAUAUUAAAGUCUGAUUCCAACCAAGAAAUACCAUUGUUUUCCGAAAGGUUACAAGCCUUGAAGCAUACAUGCAAGAUUAUUAUGAAGAAAUAUCAAGGUAGUUUUGUUAACUGUAUCAGAGAAAGUGAUAACAGUGCUGAAAAUUUGUUACAGCUCAUUGUCAACAACUUUCCUUCUUAUAGAGAUGAAGCCACAUAUGGUUCCAAGCAAGUUUCCUUUUACAAAAGAGCACAAAUUCUCGUAGCGGACAUAUGGACCUGUUUUGAAGGUCAAGGUUUGGGUUUCUUUUACGAUAUAGAGAAACUCACUAUGUUUGCUGAUUACAGGAUACCUCAAAUUCUUGCCUAUUAUGGUGUACUAAAAUAUUCAGAUAGUUUGAUGAAAACGCUAAAAGAUGGUGUUGUCAUGAAGAAUGGAGAUAGAUUAGAAGUAGAGAUCCGUGGUUGCUCAAUCUGGUCUGUUGAGAUGAUUCGAGAGGAAUCCCAAAAAUUACUGGACAAAGAUGAAGAGACCAAAAAUGCCUUGUUUAAUUCUGUAUUACUUGAUCAAUUUUUGUGGGAUUAUCGUCAAUUACAUGCUGAAGAAAUGGAUGGUAUCCCUAUCCACAAGGUGCGAUGCAUAUAUUAUUAAUUGAAAAAAAAUCUUUACAUUCUUAGUAUGGAAAAAUAAAGAUAAAGUUUUAAUUACUUUUUA